AAUUAAUUUUAUAAAUGGGAAAGAACAUUCUCAAAAAAAGUUCGAAGUACAUCCUCGAUAAGGUCAGGGAUAGGGAUAUAUAUCCAAGACCAAUAGCAUUUACUUUCAAAGGGAAAGAAGAAUUCAGGACCUUGUUUGGAGGACUCAUCUCAAUGUCGAUUCAGGUGGUUAUUGUGCUCUAUGCUUAUAUUAUGCUAAAGAUAAUGAUAGGUAAGACUCUCUGUUGCAUCACUAAAAUUGAGUCUAAAAUAGUUUGUGCAGGAUAUUUUCUAUUCUGUUCUAACUUCCUGUCUCCUUAGAUAUUCCUUAAAGUUGCAAAGUUGUGUUAAGCAGCUUGUUCAAGUCAUUUAUUUGAUUUUGCUGUCUAAAUCAAAGAAGCACAGAGAAGUUACCAAAUCAACUCUUUAUGCAUCCCAAAAUAUGCUAUGGAAACGUAAUGACACAUCAAAAAGUGUGAACACAGUAGUGAGUGACAUUCUCAACGACAAAUCCCCAGUAUCUCUCAACACUACCGAUUUCUCAUUUGCAUUUAAUGCCUUUAUACUUGGCGAUGAGAAUUUUGACUUUAACAAUAACCAAUAUUUCAACAUUGAGUUAUUCCAAUGGAUUAAGCAGCCAGACACUGGAGAACUAAUAUCAGCCAAUAUUCCAUAUGAAAAAUGUGGAACAAACUUGUUCCAAUACUACAACCAAACCGAGGUCAAAAAACUUGGAAUUCAGGAUUACUUAUGCCCUCUCUCGCGUGACUACAUCGUGCAAGGAAAUUCGCUGUCAACAGACUUCAUCUACCUGGAGUUCAACAUUGUGAAAUGCACAGUGGCCUGACCUGCUGAUUUGGAAGAUAAGAUUAGUAGGCUCAGGGUGGAGAUCCCCUUCGUGAAUACUUACUUUGACUUUGAUGACUACGCCAGUCCAGUCAAGACUUAUAUUGAUGGGAGACUUGUAGUCGACAUGCUUCCUGGCUAUGUCAAGAGAGAUGAUGUGUUUAUUCAAAAUAACGAAGCUGAGAUCCAGGAUAGCUACUUUGCAUACCAGCCAGGAGGGUCCAAGAAGGAGUUCGUCGAAAUCCAUCGUGUUGACUCUCGACUUGCUGUUCAGAUCGAUGCUGUUGAUAAUUCCAUUUACAAACUUCUUUUUGUUAAAGAUGCAGAGACCAAAUCCUAUGAGCGCCAAGUCUUCAGUUUGCUGGAAGUUACAGGGAACAUCGGUGGUUUAUUUGAAAUCCUUGAACGCACAGGGGGCUUCUUGGUUGCUCUAUUUUCUGGAAGAAUGUUCUUGUUCUCAAUUCUGACCAAACUUUACCAUGUUGAGGAUCCUGAAGACCAGCCAAAAGGAGACGACGAUAAUAAGAACAAGGUUCAGGAGGAUCUCAAUGAUGGAUCUAGUCAUGUGAGCAAGAAUUCAGGAGUAAAUUUGAUAAAGCCCAAAGACGUCCUUUCAGAGAAGGCUCAUAAAGCUAUGAAAAGGAGAAUGAGAUACGACUGGAAGAUCUCAGACUUUGUGUACAACUUCUUCUCUCCAAUCACUUGGCUUCUGUGUGGCUGGUGGAUGAAAAAGAAUCGAUUUAAUGCAAAUACCAGAAUGAAGCUAUAUGAAAAAGGAGAGGCAAAGUUUCUAAACGAAUUCGAUGCAGUAUACUACGCCAGAUGUAUGCGUAACCUCAACACUCUUGUAGGAUCUCUCAUGGAUGACAGCGAAAGGUUUAUGAUAACCUACCAGAAGACCAAUUGCAUUUCAGCAGAUGGAGAAACAGAGAGCAGUUAUAGUGAUGAUAACUAUGAUGAUGUUCCUAAGAUGUUUGCCAAAGCCAAAAAGAAACAGCAUAAAACAAAAGUUGAUGAUUUUAUGGAGGAGUAUAAAAAAGAGACUUGGACAAGCAAGGAUUAUAGAUUGCUCAAUGGGGUAUUGAGUCAUGAGCAGCUAACCAAUAAGCAACUUUCUGAGCUUCAAGAUGAUAGAGACUCAACUAAGUUAUAUCAAGACAAUGAGUGUGUUGGGAUUGGAAACAUAUCAAAUCUCUCAAAUAAGCUUCCAAAAGAGGAACCUAAAAUGCCAAGUGCUACAAGACCACCUCAGUAUAACUUGAAUAUGAUGAUCCAACACUCCUCAAAUAGGCUCAAUAGAAACUCAUCCAUCCUAGAAGACGAUGAAUAUUAAGCACCAACCCACCAA